AUGAACAUCGUGACGUCGUACUUCAUGGUGCGGCGCGUGCCCGGCAGCGUGUUCCUCGGUGAGGCUUCACUGCGGCACCGCGACGCGCGGCAGGACGAGUACCUCGACUGCAUUCGCCGCAACGCCGCGCACGCGGAGGUGGCAUCGCUGCACCUCCUCGUCGAGGGUCCCGACGCGUAUGCCCACUUCCGCACACGCGUCAUGGACGACGUGCACUUCCUCCCGUCUGCUGCGCUUCGGCGAAAGAUCAUCCCGGUGCUGCGGCCGGCGGCGCAGCCGACGUACGCGGAUUUGUUCCGCCACGCCAAUCAAAUACUGCGCGGUCAGCUCACUAUGAUAUGCAACGCGGAUGUGUACUUGCCGCAGGACGGGGCCAAUGUGCGGGAGCUCCAGCAGCUGUUCGAGUUCGAGGAGGCCGGCACCCGCCGUGUGGCAGUGGCGCUGACGCGCCACGAGAGCGAGGACCCCCGCGAUGCCCCACUCAUCCACGACUACAGAGGCUCGCACGACGCCUUCAUCAUUCGUCCACCGGCGGAGGCGACGCUGGUGGAGAGCGUGCGGCACCCGCAGAACUGCUAUAAGGCGGAGAACAUCGUCCUGCAUGAGCUGCGGCGCCACGGCUACACGGUGGUGAACCCGUGUCACAGCUUCAUGUUGGUGCAUCGCCACGCAGCGGACUUGCGGCAAUGGCUGCCGCCCGUCGACGAGGAGCGGUACGCGCGGGCGCCGCCCUGCACGUUGGCGGAGGCACUCAAUGUGUUGAAGCUAGGGGAGUGUUGCCCAUAA